AUGAGGCUCGCCCAGCUGUAUCAUGUGAUCGGGGCUGUCAGUGCAUCAACCUCCGCGUUUGGAAGAGGUUUACAUGCUCCUCCUUCCGAUCGCUCUAACCCUCAUCUGGUCCGGACGAUCAGCCUCUUCGCUCCGCCAACACAAACCACACUUUACUUUGCAUCAACGCCUCCUUCCUUUUUUCUGUCGAAUGACGAGCCUGUUCAUCUGCUACUUGGCCUAGAACACCAUCACCGGACGAAUGUACCAUUUUGA